GUUUUUUAAACGUUGUGGUAUCAGAGCUGGCCUCUGUAUUCAUUUGAACGGAGUAGUGUUUAAUCAUUGGUCUAUCUAACCUUUUCAUGUGGUUAGUUUCUUUGUUUGUUCAUCUGUCGUGUUUAAGAAUGGACACUGAAAUAAUAUAUCCAGAUAUCUGUACAGCUGCUGUGUGACAAUGUAAACUUAAAAAACCCCAACAUUUCCAUGUCUAGAGAAGAGGGCGGCGUUGUGUUGGAUGGAGCUUGACUGCCCUCGUGUGUCCAAACUCGGGAACGGCAGUUUCCCAGAAGGGGUAUUCUGUUCCAAGUUUGUGAUCUGGAUGUUCAACUGGUCUCAGAUCAAGCAUCCUCCUCUGUACUGACUCCACUAUCCCCAGCUUCAUCCCAUUCAUCAGAUUCCACAAUUGUCCUUGAGUCCACAAGAAAGAGGAGGAACCCAACAGGGUUAAUGGACCAGAAUGAAGCAAGACAGGUAAGCUUUGAAUAAAUGCAUUUAAAAUCCUCAAUUACAUAAUUGUUUAUUAUUGAUACUUAACUGUAGAAGUGUUUUGUAAAUGUAUUCUCGACAUAAAGGAAAGGCAUUAAAAAUCCUCUUAAAUUUCCAUGAGCAUGUCAUAACAAUGUAAGAUGUUUUGGCAGAAAGUUGAUUGUGUUCUGAGGGCCAAUCCAAAGGGUGAGGAAAUCUUCAAGGAGUAUGAAAAGACCAAAACACUAACAGAUGCCACACGUAAACAGAUGGUGAACGUCCUGGUUGCAGACAUGUUAGAGCUACAUGGGUAAGAAUUGGAGGUCACUUCCCUCCCUUUAUCAUCACAACAGAUUCAUGUGGCGCAGCUAAAGAAUGCUAUUCUGUGUUGCUAUAAAAGGAGAAUUUAUCCUUUAACUUCUUGCAAACAUACAUGCUUGCAAAGUGAACUGAUUUAUUUUGAAAAGAGGAUUCCAUCCUCAAGUGUGAGGACAAAUUAUGCACUGGGAAUUGUGACACUUUUUCCAUACCUCCAAGAUCCUUUCUCCAAACAUGGAUAUGUAAGUUCUGUCUGAAAACACAAACCAGUGUGUUUUUAUAUUUUCUUCCCUUUUAUAGUUUUAAAGUUAAAAUGAUCUUGUUUUAGAUGAGUGUUUAUAGGUUGCUCAGCUUUGUAUUUUCCACUUGUUUUUGUAAUGUUAUAUAGUCAUUGUGUGAACUUAUUGUGUUGAGUAAUUCAUUCUUGAAGCCAAGCACGAGAUGCCUCUCUUUGGGUCUUUUCUUAAACAGGAACACUACUAUGAUCCUGAGGGUAAUACUGGCUUCAUUGCAUGGAGGAUCAAGACAGUUCAACAUGACACCUGUGCUGGCUCCCGGUGUCAUUCCAAGACUGUUCUUCAGGAUGGUCCAAAAACCAGACGAGAAUCUCUGUUAACCUGUCAACAGCGAUUUGGGGAGGAGUGCAGGGAGGCGAUAUCUACAAUAUGAUAUUCCACUGAUGAAUCUGUGGUCAGAGAGAAGAUGAGUGACUUUCCAGUAUCGACAGAAGAUGGUCGGUGAGGAUGCAUCAUCUUCAGUCCUGGAUUUGUUCACUUGUUUCCUUGCUGUAUCUGGAUUGGUAAGAAAAUCUUUAGCUUUGGAAGUAGUUUUGAAAAGGAAAUGACCUUCUCUGUAGUUAUUAAAUGAGUUCACUGGUACAGUAGAGAAAGGAGUUGUUCAGUGAUCACCAUAACAACAACAGGCCGGUCCAAUCUGAGAAAUUCAACGUUCUAAUCUUUUAUAUCCCAAAUGUAUGCAUAAAUAACACAGCAGAUCUUAAUUUUUAGUAUUUGACCUUUUAUCCAUUUAUGUCCGUUAUGUUUAAACCUGUAUAAACCUUGUUUAUAGAUUGACCAGGAUUUCUCCAUGAUGUUUGGUGACGAAGUGUCUCAGAAGUUCCUGGCAAAGUGGUCAAUAUUCUUCAAGCCAAAAAUCAUUGCAGACUGCAAGACUCUUAAGAAUAUGGGCGAGCUGCUGUCAGGAACUGAACCUGAAUCUGAGGACUACAAUGGAUGGGACAGUGAUAUGUCCUCAAUCCUUUUGCUGCUGCAUCUGUUCCCUCCAACCUCAAGAGGCCAGAAAAAAAACAUCCAAGAUCAGUUCAGCUCAAGCAACCAGCCAGCUUGAAGGAGCCAGUGUGACUACCUUCAUUGAGAGUGCUGACACAAGACAACCAUUCCUCCUCUGUAUCAGUGAGCGAAAGAAGGAUAUCCCAAAGUUCUACGUUAUUAUCGACCAAAAGGCGAUCCCAUGUAAGGCGCACACAUCAGUGGCAGCUUUUGAUGAACUGUUCAAAGCUCACUAUGUCUUCAGUUUCUCAUAUGAUGAAGCUCUUUGUGAUUUCUACACAUUUAUCCAAACCACUAUCUAUAACAUCGAUGUCAGAAGAGCAAAGGAGAGCCCGCGUGUUAAAGAACUUCGAGCAUGAUUGCUGCAGUGAGAUUAACAGCCUUGGAAAUGUUAACAUGUUUUGUACAUAAAGCACACCUCAGAACUUGUUUGGUUCUUCGUCAACAUUUAAAAUUUCAACAUGGUUUAUAUCUUAGCAAAAAGUUACAUUUAAAAUGUGGAGAGCCAGGUCGCCCGUUAUCAUUUUGUACUUGUAGUGGCUUCCGAAAACACCUCAGCAAGGUACAUAGUCACACUAUGGAUCAAGAGAUUGAUACUAAUCAGGAUCUUUCCACUCAGGGAGAAUAUGAGGCGGAAUGUUCAAAUGAUCGCCCAAAUUCUGUUGCCACUUUACAUACUUCACAAAGUUCUGUUGUUACAAGUCAGCUAUCUUCAAUGUGUGGAUCAAUUGUUGCUCAUUUGCAAGCAUCAGGUCUUUCUGAAAGUGCUGUCCAAACAAUUGUUUAUUCAGUGGAAGAAGUUGUUAAUGAUGUUAAAAUCCAAGCACGAGAUGCAGUUCUUAAAACUGAUACUCCUGAAAGUACAAGUUCAGACACUUGUAGAAGAACUGAACACUGUUUUGAUCAUUUAGGUAAUCCUUUUUCAGCAUUAAACACUGAGUCAAGGAGACAUAAAUAUUAUGAUGAGAAAUGGGAAAUAGUUGAACCUAAAGAAUGUGUUCUUGGGGUGAGAAUGGAUUUGCGCAGAGAUAGAACUACAGGUAUCUAUAGUCAGGUUCCCGUAACGGACAAGUGCAUGUAUGUACCCAUUCUGGGUACACUGAAAUCCAUAUUCAAAAACGGUCAAGUUAGAGAGAGCUUUUUACAGGACAAACAGAGUGGAAUUGGAGUUAACAAAGACAUUAAUGAUGGGUCGUAUUUCCAAAACCAUGCACUGUUCUCGCAGCAAAAGCACGCUUUACAGAUUCUACUCUAUUACAACGAUUUUGAAACUGCUAACCCUCUAGGUUCCAAGAGGGGGAUCCACAAACUUGGUUGUAUCUAUUUUACUCUAUAAAAAAAAAAUCUUCCACUCAAGUGUAACUCUGUACUGAUUAAUGUACAUCUUGCAGCUCUAUUCUACAUGGAAGAUCUUAAGACAUACGGUUUUGAUGUGAUACUAAAGCCCCUUAUUGAUGACCUGAAAAUCUUAGAAACCGAAGGCAUACAGCUUCCUUGUUUUGAACAACCAUUGUUUGGCUCAGUAAUUCAAGUAAAAGGAGAUAAUUUGGCUUUAAAUGGCUUACUGGGAUUUGUGGAAUAUUUCAGUGCAACUAAUUUCUGUAGGUUCUGUUUAAUUAGUAAGGAAGAAGUUCAAUCUAUAUUUACUGAAGAUCAUUCUGGGUUAAUUUUCCAUUCCAAAGAGCUUCAUACUGAACACUGUAAGGCACUAAAUGAAAAUCCUGAACUGCGGUCAAUAUAUGGUGUCAAAAAGUCAUGUGUGCAUAAUUCAUUAGAGUAUUUCCAUUGUACUGAUAACUAUGCUGUUGUCAUCAUUCAUGAUCUGCUAGAGGGUGUGGUACAGUAUGAACUUAAACUGGUUUUUGAGUACCUUGUUAAACAGGACUAUGUCUCUUUGAACACAUUGUCAAAUAGGAUACAGAGCUUUAAUUAUGGUUACACAGACUGUAAAAACAAACCAAGUGGGUUAAAAAUGGAUGAUAAAGGCAGACACCUGGGUUUGAAUGCCAUACAGUCAUGGUCUCUUCUGCAUAACACUCCACUGAUAUUUGGUGGUCAUUGAAAGGAAUAACAAUCACUGGAACUUUCUCCUGCUUUCGAUACAGAUUGUCAAUAUAGUGUUCUCCUACACCAUAAAUGAUGGGAUGAUAUGUUACUUAAAACAUCUGAUCUGUGAUCACCAUACUCUAUUCAAAGAAUUGUUUCCUGACAAGAGGUCGAUUCCCAAGCAUCACUUGAUGAUGCACUAUCUGAGAUGCAUAAAAAAAAUUGGCCCUCUUAUCCAUAUGUGGUGAAUGCGAUUUGAAGCUAAGUACCAUAUUUUUAAAAAAUAUGUCAAAAAUUUCAAGAAUCUCAUUAAAUCAUUAGUAAAGCAACAUCAACGUCAGUUGGCAUUUAACUGUGAAACGUAUUGUUUUAGAAGGUUUGAAUCUGGUCCUACAACAUCAAAAACCAUCUGUAACUUGAAGGUGGGGAAGAACUCAGUCAGACAUUAUAUUUAGAAGCCUGUUUGAGUGUUACAAGUACAAAGUGGGUCAGACAUUAUGGUACUGAGUAUCAUGUUGGUGUGUUCAUAUGCACUGGAUGUACCUAUGAUCUCCCUGUGUUCAAAAAGAUCUGUGAUUAUAAUAAUAUAUGAAGUGUUUUUACAUUACAGGAAAUUAUGAAAGCACUAUGUUCUAUGAUGACCACUUCAAUGCAUACUCUAUGGAAGAUAACCAAAUGGAUGAGUUUUCUGUCAUCUCUGUGAAUGAACUGACACACUUUAGGCCAUUUGACCAGCAGUGCUCUAAUGAGAUUAAUCAAAGAGAGUACAUAGUGCCCAAUUGUUAUAUUUAGAAAGACUUGACAUGAGGGGUCAGUAAUGUUAACGCCCUUGAAAAAAUAAAACCAUUAUAAAGCAACCAACUUGGUUUUUUUCUUUAUUUGCCUUUUAGAUUUGUAAUCAUUUAAAUGUAAUUUUAAUUGUGCAGUAGCAUAUUAACACUUUAUAGUGUUAGAGGCAACUCAUUUAAUAGUAUGCAAUUACCACUAUGAGAUUUAAUGAAUUACUCCUAUGAGAAUUAAUUUCUAACACUACACACUGGUGUUGAGAAACUAACACUUGAGUAGUGUUCAG